GCCAUGGGGGCGGGGCCGUGGGGCUUCCCGGAUCCGCCGGACAGGGUGGCCCGAGGAGCAAAGUCCGCAGGGUCCGCGACGCAGAGCCGCCGCCGCUCCGAGCCCGCAGCCCGCCCGCGUCCGCAGCAUGUCCUUCGUCCCGGUGCCCGAGGGCUGUGACUUCCCGAUCCACAAUCUGCCCUACGGCGUCUUCUCCACCGCAGGCCACGGUCCUGCCCCCAGCCGCACCGGCAAACUCCGACCCAGCUCCGCCCGGCCUGCAGCCCACAGGGCGCAGGAAGUGUCCGCUAAGCGGCCCCUGCGGUCACCCGCCGGUCCGGUACUGCGUCCCCCCGCCGCGGCCGGUCGAGGCCACAGGCGGCGGCCUGCUGGGGGCCUGCCUGCAGCAGAUGCCUGGGUCCGCAGGAGUCACCCUGUGGUUUCACAGCCGUGGCCCACCGGAUGUUGCAAGGGCAGGAAAAGCAAACAGUGGCCUGGCGGGGACCCACGUACAAACGGGCAUGUUAAGCCUUGGUCCGUGCGGCCCCAGCACUCUGUACCCCCCCGUGUCCCGCUGUACCCCUUGGCGGCCCCGACCCCGCCUUUCCCCGAGUACAAAUCAUCAGUCACCGCGGGUGCCCCGACUUCUUUCCCAGAGGACUCGGGAAUUAAUGGCCUCAGAGUGUGGCCAGUGGCCUUCAGGCGCCGAGCCGCUGCACUCUUCACACCAGAAUGCGCAGGGACAGCCCCUUGGAAGGUCUGCGGGGGAAGAGCCCCUUCCCGCCGCCCUCUGGAGGCUUCCGGAAGCCUCAGCUGUGGGAGAGGCGGUCAUGCUGCGCGCAGCUCUAAGAAGUGGCUCAGCAGUGCGGGCUCCCUCCUGCCUUCUGGCGUGGGGUCCAGCGUCGGAGAAGUGGCCCAGGAUCCGCCCUGCCCAUAUCCCGAGUAUGGGGCCUCUGGGGUCCCCGUGCUUAGCUCCUGGCCCGUCACAGCAGUUGCCGUCUUCCAGAGGGGGCACAGAGGCCCAGGGAGUCAGCAGUGGGACCGGGACAGAGUCGGCAGGCUCCCCGGGCAGCCUUCUCCAAGGCAGGGUCUGCCCGGGGCUCGGGGCCAGUGUGUGUGUGGCUCUGGUCUGACCCUGGACCCAGGGCUGACAUGCAUGGACAGUGGCAGUCUUCUCCUGCCACGCAGAAAUGAGCAGCUAGUGGACAUAAGGCUGGGAACCCCAGCUCUCAGCUCCCUGGACAACAGGCAAAGCUGGCCCUUCGGAGAGCUGGGUGCUGGCUGAGGACAGAGUCCCAGGGCAAAGGCCAGGCUUUGCCAAAUGUCAGAGUCGUCUUCCUAGAGCUGAAGCUGGGGCUUCAUGCAGUAGAAGGACCUCACCAUGUGGUCCUGAGCUGUCUGGUUUCGUGCCCCUCAUGACUGAGCCCUGCUCUGCUGGAGCCCUAACAAGGCAGUGACCCUGGCCCCCGACCCCAGCACUGUGCGUGGGGCACCCGCUCUGCCACGCACGGGAACUGCCCUGUGGGAGGGCCUAAGUUAAACCUGAGAAAUGACCCAGUCACCUGGUGAGGGGUGAGCUCCUCAUUGAGGCAUUCAAGCAACUCUUGAGGAGCUGCCCGUACGCAGGGCCCGGAGCAGGCGGCUUGCACCUGCCCCAUCCCAGGGGUGUCUGAGUUAGCUCCUGGUCAGUGGACACAGGUUCUUUCCCCUUCUUGCCCUGGAGGUAGACAUGGCAGCAGGUGAGCCUGGGCAGAGGUCACAGAGGGAGCAGGGCUGAGGCCCAAGCCUGGAGACCCACGGGUGGGCUCUUAACCUUCCCGUGCAAAUGAGCCCGACCCUGCUGAGGCUUCUCCCGCCGGCCCUCUUCC